AUUUGGAAAAUGUGAUUUAAGAGAAGAAAAUUCUUGAUAAUUUGUUUCAGAAUAAUUAAUUUCUACGGUCAACUACAAAAGUGUACUGAACUUUCCAUCCACUCCAAAUUGAUGAGAAUUAUUUGCAGUACUAACACACUGAAUUUUUGCCUAUAAAAUGAAGCAUUAUGGAUAAUUAUUAGUUAGUAUGUGUCGUGACCGUAAAAUAUGCAAGUCCAACAAUGUUUGUUACAUAUAUUUAUCACGUUUUCUUGUUUCACCCUCACCUUUCAAUUGAGUGAACUAGUAGAUAAUGAGGGAUAUGAAUCAAAAGGUGAGGAUCCUGAGCCUGAUAAUCAUGGCACAACUAAACAAGAUCACAGCCCCCCUAUACCAGUUCAUGCAGACUGUGAAGAAGAUAAGAAAAAUAACGAUUUUGAAUCGAUUGGUAGCAAUUUUCAAUCGAAUGAUAAUAAUAAUGGAUCUUCAGGUACUAUGAUACAGAAAGAUUUGAUUAAAAAUGGAUCAUCCAGUAGCUCCGCAUCGAGAUACCUGAAAACCCGUGGAAUAUUUUCCGAUAAUGUAUUGUUUGGGGCAGCAACUUCAGCCUACCAGAUCGAAGGUGCGUGGAAUAAAGAUGGUAAGGGACAAAGUAUAUGGGACACUUUUAUUCAUAGAGUACCAUCUCCCGUAAGAAAUAAUGCCACGGCAGAUAUAGCCGCCAACUCAUAUUAUAAAUAUAAACAAGACGUACGACUUGCUGCAGAGCUUGGUUUGGAAGUGUAUAGAUUUUCCAUAUCUUGGUCUAGGGUACUACCAACUGGUUAUUCGAAUAAAAUUAAUCAUAGAGGUUUGAGAUAUUACAAAAAUCUUGUACGUGAAAUACGUAAACAUAAUAUGAUUCCGGCUGCUACGAUUUAUCAUUUCGAUCUGCCACAACGUCUCUUUGACGAUGGUCAUCACUGGGUCAACGCCAGUUUAAUACCUCAUUUUGUAGAUUACGCCAGAAUUGUUAUAAAAAAUUUACCAGAUGUUGGAAUUUGGUUCACAAUCAACGAACCUAAGCAGAUGUGCUAUCUUGGAUAUAAUAGUGACAUUUUUGCUCCUGCUAUAGAAAGUGAUGGAUUAUUGGUAUAUCAAUGCUCUUAUAUAGCUUUGAAAGCGCACGCUGCUGUGUAUCAUAUGUAUAAACGAGAAUUUCCCCAUUAUAAAGCAAAAAUGACCAUUAUCAUAGACUGCGUAUGGAUAGAACCUUAUUCUAACUCUGACGACGAUGAGGAAGCAGCUGAACGACAGAGACAAUUUGAGUGUGGUCUCUACUACAAUCCAGUGUUCAAGGGUGAUUGGCCGGAUAUAGUAAAAAUGAGGAUCCGCGACAGAAGUUUUGCAGCAGGAUUAACCAGAUCAAGGUUACCACAAUUUACUAGCGAAGAAAUUGAAUACAUAAAAGGAACUGCUGACUUCUUAGCUGUAAAUCAUUAUUAUACGCUACUAGCAAGAGAUGUAUGCGAAGCUCCUGCAAACGAAAUUAGUUACGAGGCUGAUCUUGGAGUAGCUGAUUCUUUCGAUCCUUCAUGGACAGUCGAAUCUAAUGGAAUCUUUGUUAGCGUUCCCUUCGGUGUUCGUAAAGUAUUAAAUUGGUUAAAAAAACAUUAUGAGCCUAAUGAAAUUAUGAUAACAGAAAUAGGAAUGUCCGACAACGGCACUUAUACUGAUGAUUUAGACCGAGUGGAUUUUUAUGGGGACUAUUUUUGUAACAUUCUUGAAGCAGUGGAUGAGGGCGUUAAUCUUACAGGAAUCAUUUAUUGGAGUUUACUAGACAAUUUUGAAUGGACUUUCGGUUAUACGGCACAUUUUGGGCUUUAUCACAUCGAUUAUAAUGAUCCUAAGCUUCGACGAAAACCAAAAAAGUCAGCAAGUUUCGUUCAAGAAUUAACAAGGACCCGGAAAUUGAAAUGCGACAAGCCUAGAAGGAAUUGGGUCUCACCACCUAGGCUACCAGGAAUCACAAGAAGUCUUUCACGUGACCAUAGUCAACGUUCUUUACCCACUCCGCGUCUCAAUUCUGCCAUGGAGGAAAUGAAAAAUCGUUUUUAUUCACGUGUGGAUGAUGUUUAGAUUCUAGAAAUUU